AUGCCAUCACCAAUCAACAGAACCAAAAUCGUCAAAAAGAAGACCACCAAAUUCAACAGAUUCCAAUCUGAUCUCUUCAAAAGAGUUGGUGCUUCAUGGAGAAAACCAAGAGGUAUUGAUAACAGAGUCAGAAGAAGAUUCUCUGGUUCCCGUGCUAUGCCAAGCAUUGGUUUCGGUUCUGCCAAAGCCACCAAAGAUGUCUGCCCAGAUGGUUUCAAACGUUUCGUUAUCAGAAAUGUUCAAGAAUUAGAAGUUCUCUUAAUGCAAAACCGUAGAUACGCUGCCGUCAUCUUCCACGGUGUCUCUGCUAAAUCCAGAAAAGCUAUUGUUGAAAGAGCUGCUGAACUCAACAUUAAAGUAACUACUCCAAACGCCAGAUUAAGAUCAGAAGAAAGAGAAUAA